GAAAACGCUGCCAUUGCUUUGCGUGGCUUUCAUUAUCUUGGGUACAAGUCUGAUGUGGUUGCUUUCAUGUUUGCUUUGCUAGCCCUUUCAUGGGAAAUAUUAAAAUAUCAUCCCAGGUAUGCUUAAACAGCAUGAUCAAGAAGUAACCAUGUCUUCUGUUGGCCGUGGUCUUACUUCAGGUCUUCGCCAGGAUUGUGCCUCCAGCUCGGCCUCCGUUUCCCGCCGCAGCUCCAGUGCCUCCUUACAUUCCUUGCGCAGAGGCACCUACAGUGACCAGGAUUUUGACACAUACAGUUUGGAAGAUGAGGACGAUGACUGCUCUUUCUCCUAUCACAGCAGUCACAGAUACUCGCCAUCCCCACUCAGCUCACCGCGAUGCCAGUCUCCGUCCACAAACGCAGAUUACGGAAGGGCCACUAAUACCCGAAUCCGGCCCCCACGGAGGACAGUGCAAAGCCCCAUGCAAGAUAGACUAAAGUAUUCUUCGAACGAAGAGGAACUGCGUCACAGUAUGCCUAACCUGGCUCGGACUGGUCUGCGAUCUUUGGAGUCAGUAAGAAAUAGCCGUAGCCUAGACUCGGAUUUACAGAUUCCCAGCAGUCGACUCUCUAGGAUCCAUCAGGAAUCUGUCAGUCUGACUCCAAAUAAACUCCGCUAUUCCUCCGGGGCCGGGCAGUCCCCGCUGACCGUUCGUCAGCCUGUGAAAGCAGGGCCCUGUGCCAACGCUCUCCUAACCGCACGGCAGCCCGUCAGAGCUGCUGCUGGGUACGCGAGUCCGGCUGGCCGAGUCCGAAAGCUACAGUCUUCCACGCUGAACCCAAGCGCUUCGAGUAGUGGCGCUUCAGUGUACCGAAGCAACAGUGUGGCCGCGGGAGCGAAAAGCUCUCUUCCUAAAAAUAAAGCGUCGGUGGCAGGAGCAUCCACUCUAAAGAGCAAGAUGAGCCAGCCAGCCAAGAGAUAUCCAAAGGCCAACAUACCUGUGGACGACUCUUGGAAAGAUGGAUGUUAUUGAACCAAGCCAAAAAGGAGAAUAAUGAACAAUGACUUGUUUGUUGGGUGAUGUAACUGGACAACAGCCCAGCUGGCUGGGCAGGAGGACAUGCUUAAGGCCUCCCAUUUCCUCCCCAUUGCCACCAUGCUUGACAAACUGGAAUGAUGAUGAACUUGGACAGCUGCUUUGCGUUGUCUUGACAAUGGACCUUGAUGGCUUUUUGUUUUGUUUUGUUCCUGCUAUUCUAGUCUUACUGCUGAGCCUUGAUUACGGAAGUUCUUGUGCCUGAAGGUACAGGCGUGGCCCGAGGCACGCAUUGGAAGAUUCAUUCAUGGUACACAACAAGGGAAGAGAAACGCUCCUGUGGCAAUGAGACAUUUUUGAGUCUGUGGAGUUGGGUUUUUUUUUCCUUUGCAAAAAAAGGCAGCUAGAUUUAAGAUGAACAUAAUUAGAAAGGACUGUUUCUUAUGUCACUUGGUGUAACUUAACUUUUCUAGGAAAUUCAGAGGUUUUUUUUUUUACUUGUCCCGAACAGGUAUCACUACUUUUAUUAUUAUUAUAAAAGUUGAAAGGUUUUUUUAAAAAAAUAAUAGCUAGUGCAUCAUCUGUCACAGGAGAAUGUCUUAAAGCUUGGUAUCCCCGUUGUUUCCAAGACUGUUUAAUGUGCUGUUGCCUGCAGGCUGAUAACGUGAGGUCUUAUUUAUGCGUUUGCUCUCUUAUCUUUUAGCUAGGCAAGUUUUUAGUGUGGGUAGUAGCAACAACUUUGCCGGCUAAAAAAAAUGCACUUGAAGUGUUUCGUUCCCUCAUGAUCGUCACUUAAUUCCUUGAUACUAAAAUCUACCUUCCUGCUUUUGUACAAGACUUUUCUACAUUUUUGGGGUGGGGGUGGGUGGGUUUGUUUUUGGAUGAAGGAACUUGGUUUUUUUAAACUUAAAUCUGCGGCUCCUGGAGUUUUGCCAAAUGCAAGAAUACAAUCAUACCUGGGAAUUCAAACUGGUCUUUCAGCCAACCCUACUUCUUGCCACCAAUGUGACUUGAUAUUGUAGUUAAUAAAUGUGAAGGGGGCGAAUG